AGGGAAUAUCUUAACAUGGGAGAGAGGAGAUUGAAUGAAUGAAUAGCAAAAUAGUGUGAUUCUCGUAUUCCCCUCUGUAUCUUCUAUCUACGUAUCAACCUCCAGUGGUGAGUGAACAAAAGCCAUGUCUCCAGGUCCCGUUGUUGACGCCGCCGCCGACCAACAGGCUCCCGCCGCCGACGACUCAACCCUCAAGAAGAAACCUCACUCGCAGGAAGACGACGCUCCUGUUGUUGAGGACGUUAACGAUGACGACAAAGAUGAAGCCGAUGACGAUGAAGACAACGACGACGACGAAGAAGAAGACGGCGCUCAAGGUGCUACCGAGGGUUCAAAGCAGAGCAGAAGUGAGAAGAAGAGUCGAAAAGCUAUGUUGAAGCUGGGGCUAAAACCUGUUACUGGCGUCAGUAGGGUCACGAUCAAGAGAACAAAAAAUAUUCUCUUUUUCAUCUCAAAACCUGAUGUCUUCAAGAGUCCAAAUUCUGAGACCUAUGUCAUAUUUGGGGAGGCAAAAAUAGAGGACUUGAGCUCGCAGUUGCAGACGCAGGCUGCUCAACAGUUCAGGAUGCCAGAUAUGGGAUCUGUGAUGGCAAAACAAGAUCAAGAUGCUGCAGCUGCAGGAGCACAGCCUGAGGAAGAAGAGGUUGAUGAAACUGGUGUUGAACCUCAUGACAUUGAUUUGGUGAUGACACAGGCAGGAGUGUCAAGAAGCAAGGCCGUCAAGGCUCUCAAGACUCACAACGGGGACAUCGUUGCUGCUAUCAUGGAGCUCACUACUUAAUCACGGUUUAUGUUUUAUUUGUAGUUGUUUUUUUGGGGGAUGAUUUUGGAACUAGAGCCAUCCUUAUAAUUUUGUGGUAGUCAAACCAUAUCUAUGGUCCAUGUGGUAGUGUUUACUUUAUAAAUUUUGUUGCUGUCAGAAAUUUGUGUUACGAUUUGAUGAUCAAUGAUCAUAUUAUUUUGUUAUUUUUAAUCACAAUAGAGCUAUAUAUCUUUGUGACAUUAAGGUUUAGUUCCUGGGAGUCAUUUGUUUAGUCUUUAGGUAUGUUUAGUUAAUUUGUUGUUUUCGUAACUGCAACGUUAAUGACUCGUGUCCCUGAACCCUUGCAAAUGGUAGGCCAUCGAGCUAGGAAUUUUUGUAGUCUUUGGUGAGAUUGAUGGAUUAAAUUGUAUUAGUUUUAAAAAGACAAGACAAUCCUUGUUGCAUUUACAAGUUCAAAACGAGAAAAAGGCAUUCAAAUAUUUUGAAAUGUAUAGGUGAACGUAACGUGUAGUUUG